CAACCAACAUCAACUUGAAAACAUUUCCUAGUAGCUAAUUAAUUUCUUUGUUUAGUGCUCUUAAUUCGACUGUGCAUCGCUCCAACGUUGGUGAACCUCAGCUGGACUAGAGCAGACUCUUUAAGUGGCUAAAAUUAAAUUAAGGGGACACGUAAUGCCCGGCCACCUACGCCUCAUUAAACAUUUUUGAAUAAUUUUUAGUGUUUACCUUAAUCUAGUUGUCUUUGCAUUAACUAGUAAGAAGGAAGUUACGAUGUUGUUUUUGGUGGUUUUUGGUGUUUGGUUUUCGGCCACCGUUAAGGCGGAUACGUCGAAUUAUUUCUGCGCCGAUAUGAACCCUCAGCAUCAUGUUAUUGUUGAUCAGCUGAUGGGUAUGUGGUUUGGCGUGGAAAUAAUAAACCACCAGGAGGAAAUGUUUCAAGCCAGAACAGAAUUUUCCUGUCCUGUUAUUCAUAUAUCAGAAGACAGGGAAGCAACUUCGACAUUUAACCCAUUGUACGGGGAUUACAACUACGCAUAUAACUAUGGAAAAGACCACCCUUAUGGCAUAACCUAUAGACCAACUACAGCAUAUACGGACCGAACGACCCAGAACGAAAUACGUCGAAGAAUCUACGAACAAACCGAAUAUGAUCGACAGACCACUUACGGAAACUACCCGAACAUUAGAAAACAGCACUUGUUCGAUAUGAGACAAACUGGAUUAGAUGUAAAAUACUUGAGACUGAUCUGGGAUGAGAAUGGAGAAAAUACUGAGUUCCAUAUAAGGUACAAUGUCAGCAGAUCAGGAUUUUGGAUAACCUCAGGCCCUGAAAGUGGCGGAGCUUCGCUUGAUCCCCAAUACAAACACUUCGCCGGUACCAUUCAAGUAUUAAAAGCCGUAGGAAACCACAUGGUUCUCACCUUCUGUCACCAACUUCCUGAAAGAAAACUGUACUCCAUUCUACUCUCUAGGAAUUUGAAACUAGACCAAGUUGAAGUGCUUGGAGUCCACAAUAUGUUGAACAGAAAGGGACUCAGAACCAAUUCUAUCAAACACACUUGUAGUAGUAGUAUUAAGAACGAGUUUAAUGUAUUAGUUAGUUUCGUAGGUUUGACUGUUUGUUGGUUACUUAAAUUCUAUUGGUAGUUCGUUAAGUAAUUAGUUUUUUGUGUAAUUACAAUUUUGUAAAAUAAUUGUAUGUUUAUGUAUGACAUGAAAUUAGAUCAUAUGGUUUAAAAAAUGAUCUAAAUAACUAUACGAUUUACGUAUUAUCGUCUCUUACAUUAUCAAAUGCCUUUCUCCAGUAAAUGAAUUGAAUUUACUGAAUUGAAUACUUUUUAUCGCUCGGUAUGAUGUUUUGGCACGGGCUCGAAAUCCGAUUUAGCGUCAUUCUAAAAAUCGAGAUGCAUGCAGUAUCUUUACCUGUAUACAGUAUAAUAAGUAAUAUACCUACAUGCAUAUAUUAUAAUACAACUUGAGAACGACUGGAUCGAUUUGGCAAUGUUGAUUUUAUAAUAUUUGUAUAAAAUAAAAUAAUUUAAGUCAAAUUAAAUUUAACACGUUGACGGACAGAACGUCUGUAGACGUCUACUUUCGAUUUAUGUAAGCAAGUGUCACAACCAGAGGUCACAACACUUGCUUAUACAUUUGACGCAAUGUCCGUCAACGUGUUAAUCAAAUCGAUUUCAUAUAAAAUAUAAAAUAAAAUCUCAUUAAUCUACAUGUAGUAACAACGCGCUAUAAAAAGUACUCACUUCAGUCGGCACUCCGUAAGUACAGCGCUCUUUUUUUUUAUUGAAAGAGCUGAAACAUCUUCCUUAAUAAAAUUAUAAUGUUAAGUAAGGUUAUCUUUGUCAACAAAAUUUUAAUUUUAGGUACUAAUAAACAAAAGGAAAGAAAGAAUUGACUUGAAAAGACUAGAGCUUGUUUUAUGAUGCAUAAUAAAAUUAUUUUGGCAUGAGUUGAUGAAAAGAUAGUAUUCGACCCAUGCAACGAAGAUUACAGUAACUCAAAAAACGUUACAUUUGACUUACUAUUAUGGUAUUAUUCUUCUUUUUAAGCUUUAUUUUGUAGAAAAGUAUGGUAAAUCAGGUAUGAAUUUUAAGGCAACCAGUAAAGCAUAAUUUGCAUGUAUAUAGUAAGUUUACUGACCCACACUUCUGCAGGCGAAAACCAUAGUAAGUUGAGUUACUGUAGUCUUCAUUGCAAGAAACAGCGAAAGCUAUUGCAAGUUUGAGACAAACUGUUUGACUUACUAUAGUUUUCUCUAGUAAGACUCUAAUUUUAGUUAUUCCGAUUAACUAUAGAAAUGUGUUUUAUUAUAUUUUUUUAAAUAGUACUGCUUUGCUUCAAUAAAUCUGUUACUAGUAAGUCUAGUCUAAAAUAAGUAUUUUUUCGUUAACUGUUUCGACGAAAACUAUAGUAAGUCUACAAAAUUUAGCAAAAAACCUAUUUUUUGUUAUGUUUGAUCUGUGAAAUCCCUUAAAACCCUUUAUAUACAUAAUAUAACAGAAAUUUAAAUUUGCAAGACGUAUUUCUUCCAAAGAUAACGUCAUUUACUGUUACUAAGUAUAGAGUAAGUAUGUUUUUUUUCUUAAUUGCUUCGACGAAAACUAUAGUAAGUCUACAAAAUUUAGCAAAAAAAAUGUGAUUUUUGUUAUGUUUGAACUGUGAAACCCUUUACAUAUAAUAUACCAGAAAUAUCAGGUUGUAAGGCGUAUUUCUUCCAAAGAUAUCGUCAUUUCUUAGAGCGAUCUCUUUGCGAAAAAUUUUCAAACGCGAUUAUCUCAGUUCAACCAAAAUUGAGUUACAAUAGUCUUCGUUGCAUGGAUCGGUAUGAAAUAAAAUAUUAUACACAGCCUAAAUAUAAGACUCUGUACGUUCGGCGCCUCGUUUUUAAGAAUCUAUUCGUAGGUACUAAGUCUCAAAUAAGUCACCCUUUUGAAUUAUCGAUAAAAAUUUUAAAUAUAGUUUAAAUUGUAAGAGUAUUCACGAAAUUUUGACAUUUUUAAGGUCUGUAGGGAGUAUACCUCGCUAAAUUGUGUUUGUAAAUAAAUAAAUAGAAAACAUGUUUGUUUUAAA